CGAAAGCUUCGCUUUAACAAGUAAUAAGCAAAAAGGUAGGCAGACUUGCAAGUCCCCGUCCCGGUCGCUUUUGUGCCCGAUCUCGCCGCACGGGUCAACUACGGGUGUAUACUCCUUGAGCAUGUCGAUCUCGAACGUCGGAAUUCGCGCUGCAGCCGUUGACAACUGUUCUACCGAUUAUGAAUGGCUCCAACAAUUAAACGAAAUGUGAUAUCUACUUACACUCAUUAGGAUAUUAACGCAAGGUGAACGGGCGCACAAACGUGUGAGAGCUUGACUGACCCUACGUGAUCACAACCACACUUCACCCACAAUGCAUAUCAAAAAUCCCCAGGCAGCACUAAUCACCAACCACGAACUCCUCCUGCACCUACGCCAGGAAGACGCCGAAUACACCGGCGAAGAUGGCACAGACCGCAAGCGCUGGAAGCCCAAAGGCCUCGAGCACAUGCUGCGCGAUGGCCUUGCAUAUCUCCAGACGCCCGACUACGCCACUGCGGCACUCACAGAAGCCCAUCCAGACCGGCCAAUGACGCUAUACAAGGGCGCACACUCGCUGUUCCGCGUGCUGGCGCCCGAUUAUCGCCUAAACAAGGCAGAGUUCAUUCAAAUCUACAACUUGCGCCCGACCACGCAGGUCAUGCUUGAGCUGAUUAUCGAAGAGGCAGACCAGCGCUUCACAGAAGACCAACUGCAAGACAUCCUGAGCAGAAUUACGCACGUCUUCGACGAGGAAGAGGCGGGUAUCCCGGUAGGAGUCGAAGAGCAGAACUUGGCCAAGAUAGACAACAAACUGCUUGGUGCGGCGAGGAAGAAGAGGAAGGUCAAGAGGAGGGCGAGGGACGAGUAGACUACUGUGUCGAAGGGCGAUGACAAGGUCAAAAGGCGGGCGACGUAUUGUACCUCAACUUCAUAGACACGGGCAUCACAUGAGCAAGCGGCGCUA